UGCAAUCUGUAAAGGGCGAUCAGAUUUAUUUCCUGAUAAAAUUUAUUUAUUUGAAAAAUUGAGGAUUCUGUAGUUUGGUUUUGCACUUCUAGUUGAUUUCAGAAGCUUAAUCAUAAUGGGCCCCAUAGAUGGUUGCCGAUUGUGCUUCGAUUCGUUUGCAGAAAAUGUUUGUUCCAUAGAAAGUCCUCAGCUGCAGGAACAGAUGAGUCGGGUGUUCAAUUUUCCGGUGGAAACUAAAGAAGGCUGGUCCAGUAACGUCUGCCAGAGCUGUUCCUACACCAUAUCAGAGUUUUACAUUUACUCGGAGAAGGUCCGUAAGAACCAGAAUCUGUUGAGCACAGACUCAUUGGAUAUCGAUCCAGACGAUAGCGAUAAGAAAACAGUUCUGGUUAAAAUCGAUGACUCUGAAACCGCCGAUGCCGAUGAACCUAUGGUAGAGAUUGUUAAUUUAAAAAAAGAAUCCGAAGACACAAUCGAUGUUGAAAAUUUGGAAGUUUUUGAUGACGUUGAUCGGGCAUCACUGAGUGAGGGUGAAGUUUCCGAGGAAGAGUAUAAACCACCAAAGAAAACCAGGAAAAGACGAGGGCCACGGAUAAAGGAAGAUAAAGAAACGCCAUCGACGAAGAUCGCCCAAAACAAAGCUAAAUUGAAGUUCGAACGAGAACAAAAAGAUCUACAGAUACAGGCUUUUUACCGAAUGACAUGUGCCGUGUGUAGCAGUGAGUAUUCUGAUUUUAUUUCUCUAAACUCACAUUUUCGGGCGUCCCAUGGACGAAACACCUAUGUGGUUUGUUGCAAUAGGAAGCUCAUCGGGAGAAGGUAUAUGUUGGAGCACCUUGAGUUGCACAGAGAUCCGACGGCGUUCAGCUGUAACUUAUGUAAAAAAAGCUUCAAAAGCAAAGAAUAUCUCAACACGCAUCAAAUCAAAGCUCACGGUACGGAGGAUCAACGUCCGUACAAAUGCGACCGAUGUACACAAUCGUUUUCUAAGCAAUUCUUGCUCAAAACACAUUUGGCUACUCACGAGAAAGCUGAAUGCACUCUUUGCAAGAAGGUUCUUUCGAGUAAAUCAGCCUUGGCGGUGCACAUCCUUAACAUGCAUGGAGAGCGUGAUCGAAAGCUUAUCUGCGACAGUUGCGGGCAGGAAUUCUUGAACAAGUUGAGCUUUGAGAGGCACAUCAAAGAACAACACUUGGGGAUCGAAGUUCUGAAGAAGAAGCAGUGUCACCUGUGUCAGAAAUGGUUAAUGGGGGAGCGCGGCCUUAAAUUCCACCUACAGAUUCACGCAGACAAAGGGAAAGACCACAUAUGCGAUGUCUGUAACCAGAACUAUCCCAGUUCGAUAGCUCUGUAUAGGCACAAAAAGCGCGUGCACAUCGAAGAGAAGUUGGAGUGCGAAUUUUGCGGUCGUAAAUUCAAACAAGCGUACGCUUUAAGAGAACAUCGUGCAAUACAUACGGGCGAAGUGCUGUACUCUUGUGAAGUGUGUUGUGCAACGACCAAUUCUCGAGCCAACUAUUAUGUUCACUUUAAGAAAAAUCACCCGGUAGAGUGGAUGAAUAAGAGAAAAAAGGCAGCGGAAGCUAAUGCACCUAUAAACAAACGGUCAUUCCCAGUGGGACCUACGACUUCAAAUUUUGGAUUAUAGGGAAAGGGUAGCUUAUGGUAGGUUAAAAUAUAUAGCUAUGAUCAAAACAUGAAUAAAACGGAUAACAGUUCGAAUAAUUUCUAACUCAGUCUCAAACGAGAUUGUUACACAAGAACGAUGCUAUACAAAAUCACAGUUCGAGAUAUUUUUUUAUCAAAUAGCCUUUUGAUGCUUAAUCAAAUAACUUUGUUUCGUUUCGUUCUAUGAUUCGAGAACAAGCAUAAAGGAUUGUUCGAAUAGUUUCAGAGUAUGAAAUAUUGUCGCUUCAAAGGUACGUAUUUUGAAACACUAUUUAAUAAAACUUACCCUAAGAAUCCUUCAAGUUUGUCGGCACAUUUGCCUCUGCCGCUAACCGUUUUUUCUCCGCCCAUUCCAUUGGAUGAUUCUUCUUGACGUGAGUGUAGAGAUUUGCCUUAGAAUUCAUGGAUACGCCGCAAUAGUCACAGGAAUAUAAACGUUCGCCCGUGUGAAUCGUACGAUGUUCCUAAUGAAAAGAAUAGCAAAAAGUUUAAGUUUCAUUUGCGAAUGUAAUGGUAAAGAUGAACAGACCUUUAAGUUCGAUGCUCGUUUGAACUUUUUCCCGCAAAAUUCACAUUCAAAUUUUUUCUCUACAUGAACUGCUUUCUUGUGAAUAACUACUGCUCGCGGGUUGGGAUAGUGCUGGUUACAAAUAUCACAAACAUUUGCUUCAUCGCCUUCGUAAUGCGUAAACUUUAUGUGAUUCUUCAGAACCCUCUCCCCUUUCAGCCACUUUUGGCAAAUAUGACACUGUACUUUUUUCACCACUUCGAUGCCGAGGUGUUCUUGGCAGUGUCGCUCGAAGCUCUGCUUAUUGAGAAACUCUUGCCCACAGGUGUCACAAAUCAACCGUCGAUCGAUAUCACUAUGCUUAUUAUGGAUAUGAGCGGCAAGUGCAACUUUAUUGGCUAGCAUCCGCUCACAAUGGGGACACUGAACCUUUUCGUGGGUACUCUCAUGGGCCCGCAACAAACAGCCUUUCGAAAAGGCCUGAGGACAUAUUUUGCAUUUGUAGAUCAAAUCUUCUGGGCGGGCGUGUUUAAGAAGCUGGUGCAUACGAAGACUUUUGAAGCUUUUGUUGCAUAUUUCACAGAGGAAGCCCAUCGGAUUGUUGUGCAAAUGCAUGUGUUCUCGCAGAUGGCACCAUCUGAUCAACUUUUUCUGACAACACAUCAGAUACCCACGGACCUGAUGUUGCAGUCUGAAGUGAGCAAGCAAAGCAUUAUAGUCUUCGGCCAGGUGAUCACAUAUAUCACAAGCCAUACGAUAAAAUUCAUGAAUCAACCGAUCUUCUUUUUCCUGUUCCUCCUUUGACAAAUUCGAUGGCCCCGUCUUAGCUGGCUUUUUCUCCGAUUUCAGUUUUUCUUCCUUAGGAACUUUAGUGCUGAAAAGAUCAUAAUUAUUAUUAUUCAAGUUUUACUUAUCAAGCUACAAUCACAUUACCCUCGUUUGGUAUACUUCCUCUUUUUGGGAGGCUGAUAAUCCGACUCCGAUGAAUAAUCAUCUUGAACAUCUACAGCGAAAAGAUCUUCCCCGAUGUUAUUUUCCUCCUUGCAAUCGUUUUCCGAAACCGCCGAUGAUUCUUCCUCCUUUGGCUCCUUGAAGUCCUUUUCCUCCGUACAAUCGAUCUGACUUUCAGUCAGCUUUACCUCAAGCGGUUCAGCUUUAAUUUCCCUCAGUGCUUCGAAGUUGAUGAAAGCUAAGUUUUCCUGGUUCUGUCGUACCUUUUCAGCAUAGCAAUAAAAUUCGUCUAUAAUGUUGGUACAGUUAUUACACACAUUGUCUGUUAAACCUUCCGUGGGCUCAACCUAAGAGUAUAAAAAGAUAAAUAAAUACAAGUAAUUGUCGCCUUUUUAGACAAAAUAAUAUAAAAUUUAUCAUCAAUUGAUACUCACCGGAAAAUAGAACACUUUCCUCAAUCGCUCCUGUAGAGAGAGGUUCUGGAUUGUAUCAUUGGUAACGCCAAGUACGUCCAAACACAAACGACAUCCGUUGGCAUCGUUUUGUUCUGAUUCCAUCUUCCCGGUGUUUGUUGCACUAGUAUUUUUUUAUACUCGGUAACAUUAGGUUUAAUAAAAUAGUAAUAAACCUUAAAUUUCAAUCAGAUUAUUGAAAAAACAGACGCUCUUGCGAGUGAAAUUGACAG